AUGUAUUCAAGUUCAAGCCAGUUCGACGGCAACGCAGCCUUCUCCGGCGGUGGAUUCAUGCCUUCUCAGGCCACUCAGGCUUCUGACUCUUCCGUCUUCACGUCGAAGAGUCGCGAUGCUCAGCCUCUGCUUCCUCUGACGGUGAAGCAGAUAAACGAUGCGGUUCAGUCAACUGAUGACAAAAUCAAUUUGAUUAUUGAUGGUGUGGAUGUUAACAAUAUUACUCUUGUAGGAAGGGUAUGCAACAAGGCUGGGCGAAUUACUGAUGUUACUUUUGUGCUUGAUGAUGGUACUGGCAGGAUUGAUUGCAUUAAAUGGCUUCAGGAAGCUAUUGAAACUAAUGAAGCGGAGGGUAUCACGGAUGGAAUGUAUGUGAGGCUCCAUGGACACUUGAAAGGUUUUCAGGGUAAAAGGACCUUAAAUGUUUUCUCUUUCAGGCCCGUGACUGACUUUAAUGAGAUUGCCCACCAUUUCAUUGAUUGCAUAUAUGUCCAUCUAUAUAAUUCCAGGUUACGGACUGGUGUCCCUAAUCAGCAAUAUGUUACUAAUUCGGCACCAAUUACUCCCACAAAAGUUUAUCAAGCUCAAGCUGUUCUACCAAAUCAAUUCUCUGGUCAACAUAUCAAUGGCCAGAAGAGUGUUGAAGAUAUGGUCUUAGAUGUUUUGCAUCUUCCCACAAACAGGGCAAGGGUUGAGGGAGUCCCUCGUGAUCUUAUUGCACAGCAUCUUCGAAUUUCUUUGGAUAAAAUCACGUCUCUCCUUGCUCUGCUUCUCUCUCUCUCUUUCUCUCUCUCUCUAACGGGAUCCAACUUUUGUUGA